CUGAACCAUGUCUAGGCUGUCCUGAUGUCCACUGAGUCCACCCUAGCCCCUCACACCUUUGAACAGGGGGCUCUGCGGAUGGAGAACUUGGCUUUGAAGCUCACAGGGCGGAGUUGAAAGCUCCACACUGAGAACUGUCUUUGAAGUCUCAUGUUUUAUAUUAAAUCUUCGGGUUGGUUUUCUAUUUGACUCCGUGAUAUGUGUGUAUAGGUGUUUUAAAACACAAAAAUUAAUGUGUUUCUCCCAGCCCACUGUGAGCUCCGAGCUCUUUUAUGCCUUCGUAAAUCACUUUAGCUUUUAAGUUUUUCUUUUCCAGACUGAUAACACUGUCACAUGAAAGUUUUAACCCAAGCUGGCAUCCGGCGUACAAUGUUCGAUUUCUAUUUUGUGCUGAUGUAUUAGCAGGAAUCAUGACCUAAAGGGAUUAGGAAAUACAGACAUAAAUGUAAACACAAUUAAUGAGUUCUCUUUCUUGUUUUUACAACUUUCAGGACAAGUUUUAUGUUGACAACUUUUGUUAUGUUUAAAAUCGUAAGGACUUCAAGCCUGCGUAAAAUAGAGAAGCUAGUAAGAGAGUUUCUGGUACCCAGCUUGAAUAGAUGUGAAUAUUUUGCCAUUUUCCUCCAGAUCUUGUCUUGAUGAGACAGAACAUAUUUGAGUGAUAACUCAGGAUCUGCCCCUCCUGUCACCCAAGCUAUUUCCCUCCCUCCCCAGAGGAGCUUCUAGCUGUAGCUUGUAUCGGGUUGUCAGAUUUUACAUAAACAGUAGGAUGUGCUGUGUUUGUUUUUGCAGCUCCUGUUUUCCCGUCAACAUUUCUCUGAGAUUUAUCUGCACUGGUCUUUGGAGAUGAAGCUAGAGCAGUGAGCUUGGUUUUUUAAGAGGCGGCUUUUGCCCACAUAAGACACUUUCCUUCUGACGGGAUUCAAGUGCCACGUGGGGUGUUUGAAGUCUCCCGAGAGGGGGUCUCCGAAGCAGCCUCUCGUCUCUGGGCUCUUGUGAGAUGCCCCAAUUCCAGACUGCAGAGAGAUUUUGGAUUUUGAAUCUUCAGUAUACUUUUCGUUCCUUGGUCUGCUGCUCAAGAAUUUAAGUCUAAUGCUCCCCCAAGAAUGUACUUUAUUUCCUCAAGGGCAAAGAAUCAGGUGAUAUCUAUUCAAUCUGACAUUAGGUUUAAUAAAUAUUUGUUGAAUUACAGCUGCAUAAAUUAGAAGAAGCUUCUGAGCAGGACGAAGCCAUUAGAAGAUAUGCUCAUCAGGUAUUCAGUCCAUGAUGGGCCUACUUUUUACGACCGAAACGUCAGGCAGGGGGUUCACUGGGGGGCUCACUUAGUGCUUAUCCGCUUGAUCGGGGCCAGGUGUUUAUCUAAACCAGGGCACAUCCAUUUGGGGUCAUUUAAGGGAUGCCCACCAGUGAACCCUCGAGGGUAAUAUACAUGGGACCAAUAGUCACACAGUGAAAUCCAGGCUUGGAUUACUUUUACAGAGAUCCAAAACCUGGACCGAAAAAUACUAUUUCCUGAGCUCUCACUGUGAGCCAGUCGCUGUGCUAAGUCUCGUAGACCAAUGAGGACCAGGCUGCGUAUGACACCCGCUGAAUGCAGAAACUGAGGCUUAAAGGAUUGUCCAAGGUGACAAGGAGGAUGUGAACAGCCUGUCCCAUCCCGGGGCCUUGUGGUCAGCCACACGCUGUAGAGGCAUCCGUCUCACUGUCCAACGCGCAGAGUGUGGCCGGGGACGGUGGCCCUGAGCUGCCUCCUGGGUGGUGCCAGCACCCCUCCCCACUGCGUCGCACUCCCUGCCGGCCCACGGUGAUGCUCUGGACGCCUCUCGGGCGAGAAGGGGAGGCCCGCUCUUCCUAAGGAAGGGGGCUUCUGCUGGUACAGAGGCCUCCUUGUAAGAACCGCCUGCCGGACACCUGCACCCCCACUGCGAAGCCCACUCACAUUUGAGGGAUCGGGGGGAAAUUUUACAUCUCAGUGGCAGGUGUGCAGUCUCCCAUCCUGACUCUUCAGCGUGAGUGUGAAGCUAGUUUACUGCUGCAGCCGUGAGCCUUUUGGGCACGUGAUUGGCACAAAGCGUAAAUAUUCCAACGAUAAUGAUUGCAAAACAAACAGACCAGUGUCUGCAACAGACGGCUGUGAUUGAGGCAGCCAGAGACCCCAGCUGUCGGGCAGCUUGCGCACCUCUGCACAGCCAGAGACAGGCAUCAGGAACGCCUCCCCCUGCCCUGCUAACCCCUGCCGCCUCCCUACGGAAAGCCCCGGAAGCUAAAAGCUGCCCAGAGCCGCUCGCCUGUGUGAGCCUUUGCCUUCUAAACCCUUUCCCAUCUGCCCUGCCACCCAAGGACAGACCUUGGACUGCUGACCAAUUGACCCAGAAAGACGGCCCCAGGGCCUCAACGAGAGGGCAUCCUUGUCCGGCUGGAGAUCCCGUCGCUGCUGGUCACCCGUCUGCUCACCAGGCAGCCCUGGCUCAGGCACUGCCCUGGCUGGAGGUGGCUACCCCCUCCCACAGCGCGCUGUCCCUCAGUGCCCGCCUCUGGUCCCCUCCUCUUUGACGCAGCCCAGGAUGACUUCAGUCCUGGUCGCUCCUCUGUACACUCACCCACCUUGGGACAGAGGAGGCAGUCAGAGUCACCAUUUGUCUUCCUACCAAGAGAGCAAAUCCCCUGCGAUCACGAGCCUUCACACCUGGAGCCUCUCUGGCAAUGCCAGGCAGCCGGCCUCCCCUUCUGACUGGGCAAAAGCCGCGUGGUUGAUGUGCCAGGCGAAGCUCUCUGCAGUGACCGCCAGCACGGAGCUGUGUGGUUCUGAAGCCCACCUGGGAGGAUCGUGUAUCCACUGAACGUAAAGAGGGAUGUUAGGGAAAACGGGAUUUUAUUACCGACGCGCGGAGCUAGGCUGAAAUGCAGCACGUGGUACUUUGUGGCAGCAGGGAAAAAAUCGCAUUAAAAUUUUAAGCGUGGUGCACCUUCCCUGGCUUCAAGAUAUACUGCAAAAAGACAGGGUUUUGGAACGAUGUACAGGGAAGGAACCACUCGGCCGAAUGAGAAUAAUAAUGUGUGUAAAGGAGUUUGUUAUAAUGAUUAAACUAAAAAUGAAGAAUUAAAAUGAGACGGUGUAGAUGGCCCUGGGUGCAGUGUCUGGCCCGUGGGGGCACCUGGUGACGGCAGGUCCACCACCCUGACAGCUACCGUUCAUGAUACCAACGCAGUCCGACCUGACCCGAGUGCACAACGCCAGUUACUCUUGCUGGGAGCCGCUCACACGGCUUCAAGCAGCUCGCACUUAUCUGCACGGACAUUGCCCCAGCAUCCAAAUCUUGAACUAAGGGAAAGCCUGGCACUACUUUUUGUACCUUAUACCUUUGCCAAGCGACCUCCCUCAAGUGGUCCAGCCCUCGCGGCACCCUUCCCCCCAUCCGGGACUGCUCCGUUCUUGCUGGGGCCUGGGGUCACGAGGAGACUGGCCAGAAACUACCAGCAUUGUGGCUGCCCUUUCCUCCCCGAGGAUGAGUUGCAGUCCUGCCGAGGCGGGAGGUGCAGAGAAGGGGCUACCCUCCCACCACCACUGAGCUCUGCUCCACCCUGCAGACUUUUCUUUCUGUUCUUGUAGACAUUAGCUUAAGAAUGGGCUGGGAUGGAGAGGGAAUGCACUAGGGAGUGGACCCUUAGUGGCCUUGAGGACUCCUUGCGUUUAUAGAAAAUGAAAAAAGAAAAGAAACUGGGCCCUUUGUGAAAGGACCCCCCUGAGGCGGUAAAGAGGCUGGGACGGCACCCUCCCCCGUGCUCUGCAGGCCGAGUGUGUUCUUGGACAUGUGAUGAGAGCUAAUUUUAGAAAAGUGAUUCUUGAAAGAAAAUGACUCCUGAAGGCCAUUAAGAUCCAUGAGUGCCUCACUAUAGCUCACACACUAAAUCUUUAUUAUUAUUUCAGAGUUAAAACAAAUACUUAGAUUUAACGGAGACAACUUCUAUACACAAAAAAAGGCACGAGUGUUUCUCCAACCAAGAGAAAAGCUGGCCAGACGGCAGUUGUAGCAGACGCAUCAAUCAAUGUGUGUUAAAAAAAACAACUCUACAUUCAAGAAAACCAGUGACCAAGCUUGUCAACCUCAGGGUGUAGGAAGGACGUCAUUCAAACGGGGCAGCCCAGAAGUAACUUCUCCUAACCUUUGACGACAUAAGAAGGUCCAUCCCGCCUCCCGCCGCCUCGGGACGCCAGGUGCUGACCCCGCAGACCUGCCAUGAAACCACACUUGAAGCAAUGGAGACAAGGAAUGCUCUGCGGGAUAUUCGCUUGGGGUCUCCUCUUUCUGGCGAUCUUCCUGUACUUCACCGACAACAACCCUGCCCAGCCCGCGCCCAGCUCCUUCUCCUUCCUGGAGACCAGGAGGCUGCUGCCCGCGCAGGGAAGGCAGCGGGCCAUCAUGGGCGCCUCGGAGGGCCUGCCCGAGGGCGCGGACGCUCGCAGGGGGCUGCCCCGCAGACACCCGUAUGGCCUCCUGCACGCGGGGCCGGGCGACCUGCGGGCGUGGGCCCCAGACGGCUUUGAAAACGAAGACGACUUCCUUCCGCCCCAGACGGGGAGAACAUCGCAAAGCGCUUUGCCGCCGGAGGACGCCGCUCCGGGCACGUCGGGGGGCCCGGAGGGGGCUCUGUCUGCGCGCCGCGCCCGGGGGCGGUGGGCGAAGCGAGGGGCCCGGAGGCAGAGCCGGAGCGCGGCGCCCGGGGUGGGCGAGGACGGGCAGCGACUGUACUCGUCCACGUCCCGGGCGCUCCUGCGCCGGCUCUGGAAGGGCGACGCGUCGGUGCGGAUGCUGCACCCGCGCCUGCAGAAGGCCAUGGGCGCCUACCUGCGCGCCAACAAGCACGGCGUGAACUUCCGGGGGCGCCGGGCGGCCGGGCGGAGCCGCGCGGAGCUGCUGUGCGCCCUGCGGGGCCGCGUGCGGGUGCGCACCCUGGACGGCAGCGAGCCGCCCUUCUCGGCGCUCGGCUGGCGCGCGCUGGUCCCCGCCGUGCCGCUCGGCCGGCUGCUCCCGCACGGGCUCCGGACCUGCGCCGUGGUCACGUCGGCCGGUGCCAUCCUCAACUCGUCCCUGGGCGAAGAGAUAGAUUCCCACGAUGCAGUUUUGAGAUUUAACUCUGCUCCUACACGUGGCUACGAGAAGGAUGUUGGAAAUAAAACCACCGUCCGCAUCAUUAACUCCCAGAUUCUGACCAACCCCAGGCAUCACUUCACUGACAGUUCGUUGUAUAAAGAUGUCAUCUUGGUGGCCUGGGACCCAGCUCCGUAUUCUGCAAAUCUUCACCUGUGGUACAAGAAGCCGGAUUACAACCUGUUCACUCCGUAUGUUCAGCACCGUCAGAGAAACCCAAACCAACCGUUUUACAUUCUCCACCCCAAGUUUAUCUGGCAGCUUUGGGACAUCAUCCAGGAGAACACGAAGGAGAAGAUCCAGCCGAACCCGCCGUCCUCGGGCUUCCUUGGCAUCCUGCUUAUGAUGAGCCUGUGCGGCGAGGUGCACGUGUACGAGUACAUCCCGUCCGUGAGGCAGACGGACCUGUGCCACUACCACGAGCCCUACUACGACGCGGCCUGCACGCUGGGCGCCUACCACCCGCUGCUCUACGAGAAGCUGCUAGUGCAGCGGCUCAACACGGGCGCCCAGGGCGACCUGCACCGCAAGGGCAAGGUCGUGCUGCCCGGGCUGCGGGCCGUGCGCUGCCCGCCGGGAGCCUGAGGGGCUGGCCGGGCUCCGAGUCCUGGAGAUGCUGGAAGGUGCCCUGGAGGGGGCGCGGCCUUCGGUCGCCAGCUGUGACUUCGUAGUGGCCACGGGGGUCCUUCCCUUUCUAAGCCAUUGAGCAUUUACGACUGCUUUGAAUAUAGAAAUGGAACUCAAAGAAAUAAACUCGAGAAAGUUGCAAAAAACUUUUGUAAAGAAUAGCUAGGAAAAAAGCAAAUGUAUAACAAAUGGGUAAAUAGCUCCAAAAUGUUAGUCUUCUCUUUACUAGGGCUGGUUUCAGGUGUCAGGGAUACACCUGAUAGAUGACACAGUUUGUACCUGGAAGCACCCAUGCUGAGGGACAGUACAUGUCCCAUCAACUGUGCCACUUGCACGUGCACUUGUCACGAAAGAGCCUAGAGUUGAUGACGAACGUCUGGAUUAGCGCCCAGGCAUGUUUACACUAACAGCAGAAUCCGCGGUAUAUCCUUUGAGGGGUUUCUAGCCCUCGGCAUCCCCCAUCUCUGCUCCCAGCUGCCACCGAAGGCUUUGCUCUUUGUGUAUCAGACACACUUCCAAAACCAUAAAGCCUUCCUCCUGAGCAGUCCAAGAAAAAGCCAACCCUGAAGAGCAGCACAGGGGCAGCACUUUGUUUUCCUGCAAUAUUUCCUUACUUGACUAGGAACGCCCCCAGGCAGACAGGAACAUCCCCGGCAGGUAAAUGCAAAAUCGGGGGCUGCAGGUAGCCCAGGGCAGGACGGCCCCGGGCCGCCGCUUUUCUGGCCGCCUCACCUGCCAGCCCUCCCCAUAGCCUUCUAACCACAGGCGCUGACGGUUAGGACAGCCCCAGGGGAUGUGGGGGGUGGCUUCCAGCCUCUAGCUUCACCCUGUGCUUCUGGGGAUGCACACCCGUCUCUCUCAUGCUCUUUUCUUGCAGGUUGAUAUCAGCUAUUGGGAUCUGAUGGUGACACACUGAUUUUUCACUAAUUCUUCCUACAGACAGCUGUUUAGGAAUCCCACCCUCGUUUUCACCUACCUGUUGCAUGUCAGCAACAUAACAAAGCCAUGUAAUUAAAUACAGUUGUGUGAAAGCAUCGCUCUUUAACAAAUAGGAAAGUAAGUAUUAAUACACGCUUCAGAGGGAGAGGCAGGGAGAGGGAAGAGUGUCAUCCCAGUGUUAGCUGGAUCAGUUGCUUUUGUUGUGAUCUCAACUUUUGUCACUGAUACAUCAAAAAAAAAAUUUUUUUUUUUUUUGGCUGUAAAUGUAGUGAAACAGAAACACUUUGGAAUAUCUUUUAGUUAAACAUGCGAUUUCAAUCUAUAACUAAAACCCAUCUCAGUGGUACAGUUAAGACUUCUUGGCCAUGACAAGAGCAGCUUAAUUAAAUCUGUUGUCUUUCGCAGUUGUGUGAACGUCAGGAGAGUUUACUGCGCAGGGUUUUUUGUUCCAGGAUCGGUUUUUUUCCUGAGCAACAGUGGCUGACAGAAACCAGACGCUGUGUUUGGUUGGCGGGCUCAGCAGAAAUCGGGUUGGGUCCCAAGCAUCUCCUACAGCUCACUGUUACAGUGAAGGAGGGCAUCACUGAAAAACUUCAACCAUGACUAUAUCCACUAAAAGCCCACUUUGCGAGCUUUGCUUCUGGAUCUGGGAGGAGGGAUGGUAAUUCUGUUCAGCACAUUGGCUUACGUCUGAGAUGUGGCCAGGCCACUUUUCUUCCUGGUUUCCUGAAAGAGCGUGCUCCUGUCCAGUGUCCGGUGAGUAACAUUUCAGUGACUCUGGGCACUGGGAGGUGGCUGAUGCGGGGUGAGCAGUCCAGCCACCCUUGUUCCCCCCCCAGACCCUCCAGGCUCUGCCUUCAGAGGCCCAUGACGCUGAAGUUUCUGUAAUAAUCUUCCUACUGGAUUUCCCUACCGGCCUCCUUAUGUCCAGGGCAGCCCCCUCUGGUGGCGUGAGAUCAUGGGUAGAAGAAAAUUUACUGGGGGUCAAUGUAAAUAUUCAAGUUCAAAGGCCCCAGGAAACACUGCAAAGAUCUUUAAGCACUGAUACCCUUUACUGUGACACAUGUACUUUUAAAACGUACUUUCAGUGUCACCAAGGUUACAAGGUUGAAGAGAGUAAAGAAAAUUUUAUUAAAAGUUUUGGAUGUAUUAUGGCCUUAAAGACCCUUGGGAACCAAGGUCUGCUAAACAUUGAGAAAAUGGGGUACACGUAUUAAUACAACGCGGGCUGGGCAUUCUUCUAUUUAAAAGUUUAAAUUGUUUAACUCCUUAAAAGUAUUAGGAGGUUUUAGUUGAUGUGCCGGCUGCUUCUAGUAUGAAUGAAAUCGGCCCUAAGAGGCAGUGUUUUCCCAGACAUUGAUGAAGCCCUCAAAUGCCACGGACGGCAAUAAACGCCCGGCCUUCCGCGGACCAGUUACAGGGAACGGCGCCCGGCUGCAUUUCUUCCAGGCUUCGCCUCUUCCAAGACCCUUCACCCUCUGCUGAGGAGGGAUGUUUGAUAAGCCGAAGCCGUUAGGUGGCCCUUCACUCUCAGGACUGAAGGAGGUCACGUUGCUUCACAUCUCGAGGCAACUUCACUUGAUCUUUUGUUGCUGCUAUUGUCACAAUGAAACAAACAUGGACCAAGAAUAACUCGCCUGCAUCCAGGUCCUUCCCCAGGUACAAGCGGAAGGUCUAACAGAUGUGGCACGCUCACUGUCCCCAGGGACACGAGUGCUGGUCCUGUGUGUCACCUUACAGGGCACAGGGCCCGCGGGUUGGCAGGUAGGAGUCGCAAGGAAGCAUCCUCUCCCCUCAGGGCCCGCGCGGGGCUUAGGCUCAUCUUUCGGUCCCGGGGUCUACCCUCGUCUGCGGGACGCAGGGCUCAAGGAACCUCGGCCCCCUCCUCCCCACGUGUCCCUCGCCCUCGGCCGGCAGCCCGACCUUUAAUCCCCCCCUGGGCUCCCCAGUAAUCCUCUGUCAUGGUAGCCGUAGCAUCUACACAAGGCAAUGCUGAAAUGAGCGUUAGCCUUUUCCAAAUCGGGAAAUGAAGUCAAGGGUUUAAAGCCGCCCCGGGUUACUCUGUUACAGGAUCAUGAGCCGGUUCGUUCUGGUGGAACAGAUAAAUACCUGAUGUUGUGGGUUGACCCUUCCGGGCAGGACCACUUACAAUCACUGAAUUAAUUAGGUCCCAUCUGGCUGCGGAAGUGGGAUCGGGCCCACGUGAGUAAUGGUAGGUGACGGAGGGAUUUCGUGUGCACAAAUGACAUAAUGAAAGCUCUCUCUCUCCAGCCUUUCUCUUAGAGAUCAAGGCACCGUGCGUGGCUGAGACUGGUAGCCAAAGUGACCUGGUCUCAUUGCUGCUUAGCUGUGGGAAGAAACGGAGCCGGGAGGUGGGGUGACUAUGGAGGAACACGUGGCUGAAUGCACAGGCCAGAUAGGGUCUGAGUACGUUCACUCAGGCUGUCUGUGUCGACUUCUCGCUUUCUGAUCCUUUAGGACUCUUGCCCAGUGGUUCCACAGCUCAUGAGGGCAGCUGAAUGUAGAAAUUCAGUGCUUAGGGAAAGCGUACCUGAGUUCAGGCUCGUGCUUUGUACUCCAGAUAUUUCCUUUGUGAAAUUAUUCUGCAUGUUUCUAUCUCUCGGGCAUUAUUUUGCACAAUUGGUAAAUUAUUUUACACAAUUGGUAAAUGAAAGGUAUUUAUCUUUCAAGGAAAUAAACUGUAAGUUCUGAUUCUUGCUUUAUUAAGUGAAUGAAGCCUUUUUAGUAUGAAGAAAUCCAACAAAUUUCUCUACAGGCUUUGGGCUAAUGGAAUUUAAAGAAUUAAAGACAUGGAUAGAGUUCCUACUCUUGUUAUAAAAAGUGUGCAUGUAGAUAUAGUUAUAUAAUUGUAUAUAUACAUAUCUACACACAUGGUUGCUUUUAUAUCUUUUUUCAUCAAACUUUAUUUCUGAAACGUUUACAAUAAAUUUUGUUUUAAUUAUGCAAACACCAAUUUUUUAAGAGAAGUAAGCAAAUGUUACAUGUCCUUCUGUCAAACAGAAAUCCAGUCUUCCCACACACUCGUAUUUCACACAUUCCAGCUACAUUUAAAUGUCUGGCAGAAAUAUUUAAAAGGUGCUGAGGGUAGAACUAUGACCUGAAGGUUGUAUCAUUGCCAGAAGUCUAGUUGAACUCUGACCUUUGAUGGGUAAUUGAUGUAGAGUUCAUGGCUUUUGCAAGAUUAGGGGAAGAAACACUUAUUUGGUUCUAUGGAAAAUAGUCUUCUUACUUGGUAGGUUUCACGCAAAUUAACUGCAUCGGAACUGUUAAAACCUAACAUUUAUGAUACCACACAGCCUGUUUUACUCUAGAUAAAAUCCUUAUGAAGCUUUUCCGGUGGAAACCAGUGAACUUUUUUAACAGCUUAGGGAACUUUUUUGUAUAAUUUUUAAAAUUGAGAUGUGUACUCUUCAAACGAAUUAAGGCUUGAGGUUUUCCAGGAGUCACCUUUUAAAAGUGUUUGUACACAUUUUAACACUUUGAUAUUUUCUAGUUUGGUUUUGUAUAUUUUUACGUGUACAGACUUUUUUCUUGUCAAUAAAACGUUUUCAUUUGUCUAGAA